AUGGGGAGCACGCAGGUCUAUCAUGACGCCUCGUAUCUCGAAGAGGUUUGGGCUCUCUUCGGCGUCGGAGUCGUCAUUCUUAUCGUCCGGUUUCUAGUCCGUUUGAGGACAGUCGGACUCAGGCAGUUCCAAGGCGAUGACUACAUGUCGUUCGUGGUUCUUGGCUGCUACACUGCCGAUGCUGUCACUGUCACUCUCGUUUACCUGGAGGGAUCCAACGUGGACUACAUCGGCCAAGAAGAGCGGCUAGCGACCUUCAACAAGGCUCAAAUCAGCGACGUUGUCCAUGGGUCGAAGAUGGAGCUAGUUGCUUGGUAUACAUAUACCGCACUGAUUUGGGGCCUCAAAGGAUGCAUGUUGUUCUUCUACAACCGACUCACGUUUGGGUUGACCCAGCAGACUGUGGUCAAAGCACUCGCAGUCGUAUCGUUCUUGACUUAUAUCGCCAUGUUCUUAACCAUCUCCCUCAGCUGCAGCCCUAUCAGACUCAAUUGGCAAGUCCAGCCAAUUCCCCCACCGAAAUGUACUCUUCGCAGCCAGAAUUUCAUUGUCUGCACAACUUUGAAUGUUCUCACUGAUGCUGCCCUUCUUUGUGUCCCGUUACCUCUUCUCUGGAAACUGCGGAUCCCCAUUCGCAAGCGAAUCACCUUGAGUAUCCUCCUUGGAUCAGGUAUAUUCAUCAUCACCGCUGCGAUCGUCCGCAUCGUCAUGACUCUGGGCUCUCAUCCAUCUGCUCUCACCAUCAAUCGAUGGGGCGUGCGCGAAACGAUAGCGGGAAUCGCAGCUGUGAAUGCGCCUAUCAUGAAGCCAAUGUUCAAGAAAUCGUUCUGGAAUCGAGAAUAUAGACUUCGAGCCGAAGAACGAAAUCGCCGCCGGCAAGGCUCCGACAAUUCAGGCAACGGCUCCAGCGGCAAAUCGAGCCGACUAAGCAGGCUGAACACAAUGCUUCGAAAGCCCGAACCCAUCGAACUCAUCGAGUACUCCGCCAGCGUCAGUAAGAACAGCAAGACCACGAAAACGGACACCACAUGUGGGUCAAAGAGCCAGUGUACAACCGCAAGGACGACUUAUAUCGAAGCGGAAGGAAUUGCGCAGGAGAACGCGAGCCAAGAGUGCUUCAUACAAAAGCCACAGCGCGCAGCGCAAGGAGAUGGGAGCCGAGACCUCGAUAUUGAGCGAGCUGCACCAUUGCAUGUGCACCCUGGCGUUCUCGUGGAUGACUUGUAUAUGGCUCCGGCGGUCCGGCCUGAAGUUCUUUCAGCGCCAGAGCGAACUCUGGAAUGGCAUGCUGGGAGGCCAUACAGGUCUAGUCUGCUGUGA